GCUUCCACAGUGUUCUGGAUCUCUGUUGUUCUUCCAGACUCAUCCUUCUGAACCCCUUUUCUACGCCCCGACGCUUCUUCUCCCAACUCCAAUUGCGAUUCUCUCCAGCUUUAACAACACUACAAUUCUAGCUUCCAACUUUUUGCAGAUUUAGAUCAACAACAAGUCCAAGGGAGGUCCAGAUUCACAUGGGUGUAGAUUAUUACAAGAUUUUGCAGGUAGACAAGAGCGCUAAAGACGAUGAUUUGAAGAAGGCUUACAGGAAACUUGCCAUGAAAUGGCAUCCCGAUAAGAAUCCCAACAAUAAGAAAGAAGCUGAGUCUAAAUUCAAACAGAUUUCUGAGGCUUAUGAGGUUUUGAGUGAUCCACAGAAGAGAGCGAUCUACGAUCAAUAUGGUGAAGAAGGCUUGAAAGGUCAGGUACCUCCUCCAGGCGCCGGAGGUCCAGGUGGAGCAUCGUUUUUCCAAACUGGGGAUGGACCAACGGUGUUCAGAUUCAACCCUAGAAAUGCCAACGACAUCUUUGCAGAGUUCUUUGGAUUUUCGACUCCAUUUGGGGGAAUGGGUGGCGGCGGCGGCGGCGGCGGCAGUGGUAUGGGCAUGAGGGGCGGUCCCAGGUCAUUCGGUGGUGGCAUGUUUGGGGAUGAUAUGUUCGCUUCAUUCGGUGAUGGCCAGCCGAUGAGCCAAGGCCCACGAAAAGCUGCUCCAAUUGAAAGGAGAUUGCCAUGUAGCCUUGAAGAUCUCUACAAAGGCACCACCAAGAAGAUGAAAAUCUCAAGAGAAAUAGCUGAUGCUAGUGGGAAGACAUUGCCGGUGGAAGAGAUACUUACGAUAGAAAUCAAGCCUGGUUGGAAAAAGGGUACAAAAAUAACAUUCCCAGAGAAAGGGAAUGAGCAACCAAACGUGAUACCAGCAGACCUUGUUUUCAUUAUAGAUGAAAAGCCACACAGCACAUUCACAAGGGAUGGAAAUGACUUGGUCGUUACAAGGAAAAUCUCUCUUGCUGAAGCCUUAACGGGUUACACAGCUCAUGUGACCACACUAGAUGGAAGGAGCCUAACCAUCCCAAUUAACAAUGUCAUUCAUCCAGACUAUGUGGAGGUUGUACCACGUGAGGGCAUGCCAAUACCAAAAGAACCCUCCAAAAAGGGGAACUUGAAGAUCAAGUUCGACAUCAAGUUUCCCACAUACUUGACUUCAGAUCAGAAAUCUGGGAUUAAGAAACUUCUAGUGUCUUAAGACUCUGGCGCUUGCUUCACUACUGUACAAAAAAAAAAAAAAAAAGGAAGUAUGCUUAAGGGUCUGUAAUUGUAAUCGUAAUGCAAAUCUGUUUUAUUUAAACGCUGUACUCGAGGCUUCCUCGUGUUUGAGGUAACUAUAAAUGUGGAAUACUUCAGGACGAAAAGCUGAUUUUGAGCUUGUUAAAGGUGU